AUGGUUAACGGUGAGGAAUUAAAUGGAGGCAAUGCGGUGACGGUAGUGGCUUCACAACGAUUUCCCGAGUUCGUUGCGGCAGAUCCCGAGAUGUGGUUCGCGAUGGUCGAAUCUCAAUUUUUAAGAAACCGCAUCAUCGAUAAGCAGCAGCAGUACCUGCAAGUAUUAUCAUCAAUACCUUCGCGGUACGUGACCGAAGUGCGGGACAUCAUUAUGAAACCGCUUUCUGCUGCCCUGUACGACGAGCUGAAAGAGCAGCUUAUCAAAAGGUUGAGCAUCAGUCAAGAGGAGAAGACCCGCAAGCUGCUUGAUGGACAGAAAAUGGGCGACGAGAAACCGUCUCAAUAUCUUCGCCGAUUGCAAGCGCAAGCUGGAUCAUCAUUUCCUGACAGUCUUCUCAAGACACUGUGGCUACGGGGGUUACCGUAA